GAUGUCGCGCUGUCCACCACAUGCGCGUCUUUCCGGUUAAAGGAUGGUUUGCUCUCUGAAUCAGUGUUUAUGUUCAAUUUUGUAUUUUUUGAGUGUUUUAUCGACCGCCGAGUAGUGACAGUCGAUCUCUUAAAGGAUAUAACUUCGUCUUAAUUCAUAUGUGGUCAUGACUCAUGUCAUUCAAAACAACCAGCACUAUGUACAGCGGGUUAGCAGCAGCAUCCCAACCUAGCUGAAGAAACGGUUGCCAUGCAAACAGAGACUGAGCACAAUGGGAUAUUUGUCGAUACGAGCUUCCCCGCUGAUGACUCCUCCCUCUUCUGUGACUACACCACGCCCCUCUCCAGUGUGCUGGGCGAGGUCACAUGGCUCCGCCCACAGGAGAUCUGUGAGCAUCCUCAACUCUUCCCUGAUGACCCUGUUGGGGCAAACCCAAAGCAAGGCAUUCUGGGAGACUGCUGGUUGCUCUGUGCCUGCUCCAUGUUACUCAAGAACCAGCAUUUGAUGAACAAGGUAUUUCCACAGGAACAGCCUUUAUGGGGUGACAGUGGUUACCACGGUGAUUUCCGGUUCUGCUUCUGGUGGAACGGGCACUGGAUAGAGGUACGAGUGGAUGACCGGCUGCCCUGUAUCAAUAGCACUCCCUGCUUCUCGCGAUGUCAGAGCCCCAGAGCAUUCUGGGUGGCACUGCUGGAGAAAGCAUAUGCCAAGUUACACGGUUCAUAUGAGCGUUUGUGGGCGGGGCAAGUAUGCGAGGCCAUGGUGGACUUAAGUGGAACCAUUGCAGAACGAUGGAGUUUAAAAAGAAUGGAGUCACCACAACAGUCCAACAAAAUCCAGACUCAGGACACACCCAAUGGGAUGAGUCUAUCACAACUUUCAGAUGAAUUGAAAAAGCGAUGUUCCAUCAGCUGCUCUGUUCACAGCGCCACCACUGGAGUCCUAGAGCUUGGCCAGUUUCACGCCAUGAGUGUGAUGGAGUGGACAAAUGCAAUAACAAAAACUGGUGAUCGAGUGCAGCUAAUCAGGAUUCGAAAUCCCUGGGGUAGAAGGAGUUGGGGCGGGACCUGGAAGGAGAGUGGAUCAGGGUGGAGUUGUCUAGAACCAGCAUGUGCUCAGGCUCUGCUGGGCCGUACGGCAGAGGGGGAAUUCUGGAUGGACGAGACGGAAUUCCUGCAGGAAUUUGAUGAGGUCACAGUGAGUUACCCGAUCAGUGAGACAGGACACCUCCAGAGCAUUUACACAGGUGCUUUUCUAACCCACAGUCACCAGAUCGGAGGCCGCUGGGUCAAAGGUCACUCUGCAGGCGGCUGCCGUAACAACAGCACUUUUAUCACCAAUCCUAAAUACUGGCUGAAGGUGUGUGAGAGGGGAGAAGUGUUGCUGUCAUUGAUGCAGUAUGCAAUACCUGAACCACCAGCAGAGGGCGGUGUGAAGCAGCACCCACACCUGCAGGCCAUUGCACUUCACGUGUGGAAGGUGGAGAUGAAGCGCUUUAACCUGAUGCAGACCAUCAGCAGCCCACCCCUUGUGUCACACACACAUGCGUACGACCGUGAGGUGGUUUUACACACACACCUGAGCUCUGGGUUUUACCUGCUGGUUCCUAGCACCUUCGUGCAGGGAGCUGAAGGACGGUUUCUUCUGAGAGUUCAUUCAUCCUGUAUGACCUCUCUUAGUGUGAUGAAAUCGGCGACUCCUUCCCAGCACUGUUCAGAAGGAGAGUGGGAGUCCAUCAGCUCUCGUGGAUGUUGGACUGUCGGUUCGACUGCUGGAGGAGGUCGCAACUUCCCCACACAUGGGCGCAACCCCCGCAUACCCCUCGCUGUGACCUAUGACCCUGGAGGGAACAAUGUUAGGGUCACUCUACGUCAAAACAGGCCAGAAGAUGCCUUACAUGCCAUUGGCUUCCAUAUUUAUCAGGUACCUGAUGGUGGCUCUCUCUCCUCAUUGGCCACUAAUGUCACGUCUCCGGUGGUUAGCUGUGUGCCUCAUGCCCAUUCCCAGGAAGUCAGCGUGUUUUGCCGUCUGCAGCCGGGCGAGUACGCUGUAAUUCCCUCCACAUACCAGCCUGAUCUCAGCGCUCACUUUACACUGACCUUAGCACGCAGGAUAUAUCGCCUGAAAGAUGAUGACAGUGGAGACCAUGACCAGGAAAACAACGCACCGAAAGAUGGGGAGAAGGAAAAAAAUGAUGACGAGGAGAAGGAUUCAAACACUAAGAGAAAGGCAGUGGUCCCAGGGGCCGGCGAGCACCCUCUCCAAUACAACUACACAUUUUGGUAUUCUCGCCGUACACCAGGACGGCCGGCCAGCACGCAGAGCUACGAACAGAAUAUCAAACAAAUCGGGAGCUUUGCUUCGGUGGAGCAGUUCUGGCGUUUUUAUAGUCACAUGAUCAGACCGGGCGAUCUGACUGGUCACAGUGAUUUUCAUCUGUUUAAAGAAGGAAUCAAGCCCAUGUGGGAGGAUGAUGCUAAUAAGAGUGGAGGUAAAUGGAUCAUUCGGCUUCGUAAAGGUCUGGCGUCUCGCUGCUGGGAGAAUCUGAUCUUAGCAAUGCUGGGGGAACAAUUUAUGGUAGGAGAGGAGAUCUGUGGAGCUGUCGUGUCCGUUCGCUUUCAGGAGGAUAUUAUUUCUAUCUGGAAUAAGACGGCCAGUGAUCAGGCCACCACUGCUCGCAUUAGAGACACUUUACGCAGAGUUCUCAAUCUGCCUCCUAAUACCAUUAUGGAGUAUAAAACACACACCGACAGUAUCAAAGCCUGGGAGGAUUUCCAUGGUUUAGUAAAUGCAGCUGGAGGUCGCUAGUGUUUUAUCCCAAAUAUUAUGGUGAUAAUAUUCCCAAAGAAGACGACAUGCCAAAAGACGAUGACCUGAUAAUUGAUUUUCUGUUGAAAAAAAACAAAACAAGGGAUCUCGUCAGCAUGAGAGGUUUUACCACCAAAAGCAGGUGGAUUCUGUUUUAUCACAUUACCUGAAAGCUGUUACACAAGAAAGAACCAAAUCAUCGAAAUGCAAAAGAGUUUAUCGGCUGAACCAAGAGGUUGACAUAUCAGAGAAAAGUGGGUGGAGCCAGUGGGACCACGGAGCUCAGCCGCUGUGAUCUGAACUACAUGCUGGGAACUGCCACGGUUGUCCAAAUAAAAUUACACACCAUUGUGUAGUACAGACACGUUUACCCAAAUUAGCAUUUGAAUAAUGCAGUGUCUAAAAAAAAGAUGGACUGAGCAGAAAGACGGAUUUUGUUUAGGUCAUGUGCGGUCACAGGUUGAUGGGAAUAUUUUACUACAGUGCAGUAUUUUAGCUACAGUGUUGAGAUUUGUUUUAACGUAGAUCUGUUGUACAAAAAAAUGAGUUAUAUUUCUAAACCUAUUUGAAAAGAUUUAAAAUGGAGACUUUAUUUCUUGUUGAUAAGAGUGUAAACCCAAAGGACAGAGCCCUCCCUGAGGUGAGUACCAUGGUGGGUACCAUGCUGCCUGAUUCACUGUGCCUGGCCUUCAGGCCUUCGCCUCCAACAAAACGGAUUUUCAAAAUCACUGGCAUUUUGCUGGGGGGAGGCGUCACUAGAUGUGUCGUGUGAUGUCAUCGCUCUAGCGUUCUUUUAAUAGAAGUCCUGGUUUCAGAAUCGACAGAAAUCAAACUGUUUUUUUCAUGGAUAUGUAGUGUUAACACUGAUGUGAAGUUAAUGGGGGCUCUAGUAUCAAUACUGCCUGAAAUUCAGUGCUGGUGCUGGAUAACGUUGUAUUUGCGGUACAAAAAAAGAGAAAAUGUGGUUUGUAAUUAUGAUUGAUGACAGCAAUAAAUGUUGAUUAUGCAUCUGCUGCUAA